CGCGCUACCGCGCGCGGGCCAACUAAUAGGGCUGGCGGGCGAGGCAGACCGGGACUGGACCGAUGUGGCGCAUGCGUGGUGCCGCCGCCAGGCGCUGGGGCUGCGGCGGCGACGGCGGCGAUGGCGAUGGCGGGGGUAGCUGUGGCCGUGGGCAGGAGCGUUCGGGCCGGGCGCUCGGAGGGGCUGGCGGCGGCGGCGGCUGCUGCUGCCGUGGAGGCUGGCGAGGCCGCGCGGGCGGGGCCCGCCAGCAGCUGGAGGAACGGUUCGCGGACCUGGCCGCCAGCCACCAAGAGGCGAUCCGCGCGCGGGACGAGAGAGACCGGCAGAACGCGCGGCUCCGCGAGGAGAACGGCCGCCUGCGGCUCGAGAACCGGCGGCUGAAGCGCGAGAACCGCAGCCUCUUCAGGCAGGCGCUGCAGCGUCAGGAUGAGGAACAGUCCGGGGAGUCCGUGCAGGCCGCCCCAACCGCGGCUGGGGGAGGGGAGCACCGCGAGCCCAACCCUGAGGAGGAGGAAGGAGUCGCCCGAGAGGCCCGCGCCCACGCUCGGGGAGUUGUGGCCGACAAGAAGGAGCGGAGAGCUGGAGGUGGCCCAGACGAGCCUGGGAGCCCCCGAGCCCUAAGAGCCCGCCUCGAGAGGCUGGAGGCCAUGUACCGCCGGGCCCUGCUGCAGCUGCACCAGGAACAGCAAUGGCAGCACCGGCGGCCCCAGGCCCAGAAAGCUGAGGCGAAGGAGGAGGAGGAAGAACGGCGGCCUCAGCUGGAGAUCCGAGCUCCAGAUCCCGCACCCCUCCUCUAGCUAAGCGACCUGAGAAGCCAGGAGGCGGGGCUGCUUUUCUGACUAGGAUGAAGGGGGAUCCCACCCCUUCUUUACUUCCCCCUCUUACAGGCCCCGUACACUUGGCAUGAUCCAAAUGCAAGGACACAUGGCUGUCUCCCCUGAAAUCCAGGAGAGCUGUGCAAAUGGGUGCGUCCUCACUCCCCUCUCCCCCCACCAGCACAGAGUCAGGGCAGGUUCCAUCCUUUGGUCAUAGAUGGAACCAGGCCUGGAGGCCUGAGCAAGAGCCACAAUCAGACACAUAGGCUAGAGACUUGGCCUCAGCCAUGUUGUCAGUGCCAGCUUUCUGUGUGGAAGCAUCAUAUGUUGCUUGUGGCAUUUGGGUGAAAUUAAAAAACAAACAAAAAACACAAAACCAGCUAUGAGAGAACUGGAUGCCAAGAAGUGCCUCCUAAUGACUGAACUAUCUCCUACUUCCUGCCCAUCUCCGGUUUUGUUCAGAACCUGUUUUGCCUUACUUAGCUUCUUUGAGACUUGAAAUAAUCAUUUUUUUGAAUGGGUUCAUUGAUAUAUUUCUCAAGUGCUCCAUUUCUUUUACAUCUAGGCAAAGUUUAAAUAGACCUAACCGUUGUUUUCUUUAUAAAACCAUUUUAAUGGAAAGUAAUCCAUUAAUUCUUAUAUUAUUUUUUGGUUCCAGCCUUAUAUCUGCUAGGUACUGAUUAGUUUGCCCUCCAUUUUGAAAUUUUUGCCUGUAUGGCAUUUUUGAAAAAAUAAAAAAGUUAAAUGAAAUAAAAUUUUG